AUGUUCCACCACUUGACAGGAGCGAGACUGCCCGUGCGUCGCCUGGUGAACAGCGGACGUGGGAGGAGGCUGGGCGCAGCAGCAGGCCGCAUUGUGGGGGGCCAGGAAGCCAUCAGCGGGCAGUUCCCGUACCAAGUGUCACUGCAGUAUACUGAACUGUUCACCCGAUCACAUAUGUGUGGAGGCUCCAUCAUAUCCACCACGAGGGUGCUCACCGCUGCUCACUGUAUCAUGGACACCGGCACCUACUAUGCGGUGGCUGGAGAAGUGGACUUCUCCUCUGAAGACGGCACCGAGCAGGAGCCGCAGCUGAUCGACGACUUGGGCAUAGAGGACAACCCCGUGGUGGACGCCACGGUGUGCACCGGCCCCGUCACCGGUGGCAUCGGCCUCUGCGGCGGUGACUCUGGUGGACCUUUGGUGCAAGACGGGGUGUUGAUAGGCGUGGCCCAGUGGGCUUACUCCAUAUGCGGCUACGAGGGCGCUCCAUCCGGUUGCACCAGGGUCUCCGCCUUCAUCGAUUUCAUCAACGACAACCUUUAA